AUGGUAGUUGAAGGAAUGCGCGCAGGUAUGGUAGCUGCGUCGAAUCGAAGGCUAUGCAGGGCGAUGGAGCACCAGGGAGCGGCGUUAGGGAAGGGAAACGGGUUUUGCCAUAAACACUUCCUCUUCGAAGAUCAUCUCCGUCUGGGUAAUCUUCAUUACUAUGAUAAGAUACUGAUAUUCAGUAAAUAUGAAUUUGUAGAUAGUGAUUUGAUCAACACUGUUCCUGACCAAGAAGGAGCACAGGGUUUUUCGGGAACAAGUCGACGGGGACCACUUGAGAAGUUCACGUUAAUGAUUGGUGAAAAUAUUCUCCACUUCAAAAUAGUCAAAACUCCUACUGAGCAAAACUAUCCUGAUGUCAUUUCACUGCUCUACGAAAAGUUUUCGAUGUGA